AUGCCUUUUGAGUUUUGGGCACUGGUUGUUUGCUUGCACCUGGCUCCAUCGCCGAGUCUCCUGCCAUCUCCUACCGCCUCCCUCGGCACCGAACCAUGCCCUCCCCUGAUGCCACCCGAGACUUGGGAGGCCCUCGGGCGCUUCGCGGAUAUUGGGCUCACCGAGAUAACCGUGCUGGCCAUCAUGGUGAACCACGGAAGGCUUGGAUCAACCUUCUUCGCACGUCUCCGCCUUAUCUAUAACCCGCGAUCCUUGAAACAAUAUGAGGAUAAUGAACUGCCUGGCCACAAGGCCGCGUGGUAG